AUGUCCACAAAACAUCUGUUCAACGAGACUGACGAGCUCGUGCUCAAGUCUCUCGAGGGAGUUCAGGCUUCCCGAUCAGCGUCCAUUCUCUCCCACAGAUUCAAGGUGCUCUACAACGGAACCCAUUCCGCUGACCGAGUUGCAGUUCUUUCUGGAGGAGGCUCUGGCCACGAGCCUGCCCACGCCGGCUUUGUGGGAGACAACAUGCUGACCGGUGCCAUCUGUGGCCCCGUCUUCGCGUCUCCUUCAGCCAAGCAGGUCGAGGCCGGCUGCAAGCUCGUGCCCUCCGACAAGGGUCAUAUUCUGGUCGUCACCAACUACACCGGCGACAUGUUGCAUUUUGGUCUCGCGGCCGAGAAGCUCAAGUCUCAGGGCCACAAGGUCGGCAUCAUUAAGUCUGCCGACGAUGUGGCUGUCGACCGAAAGAGCGGUGGUCUGGUCGGUCGACGAGGACUGGCUGGAACUGUGCUUCUGGACAAGAUUGUCGGAGGAGCUGCCUGGGACAAGCUGUCCUUUGAUGAAUGCAUGGCCAUUGGAACCGAGGUGGCCGAGAACACCGCAACCGCCUCAAUUGGACUGGACUACUGCCACGUUCCUGGUCGAUCCGUUGAGAACCACGUCUCGCUCGACCAGAACGAGUGUCAAUUCGGCCUGGGUAUUCACAAUGAGCCCGGAGUCAAGACCAUCAACCCCGUGCCUGCCCCUGAGUCCAUGGUUGAUACUCUGCUCAAGUACCUAGUUUCGCAGGACGACCCCGAGCGAUCCUUCGUAAAGUUCAAGGAGGGCGACGAGGUCAUUCUCCUGGCCAACAACCUCGGUGGAAUUUCCACCAUUGAGAUGCGGGCUGCUGUCCAGCUUGCCCGAGAGCAACUCGAGAAGACCCACAAGAUCAAGUCUGUGCGAGUUCUGUGCGGCACCUUCAUGAGCUCUCUCAACGCUCCCGGCUUCUCUAUCACCCUGGUGAACCUGUCUAACGGCUCCCACAGCAAGAACGUGCUCAAGUACCUGGACGCUGUGUCCGACGCCCCUGCCUGGGUCAAUGUGGCCCCUCCUACCUCGGUCAAGCCCUUUAUCAACGAGGACAAGAUCUUCGACGACGAGACCUCCAACAUUAAGGCUCCCACACUGGACAUUCCUGAACAGACCGUGGUUGCUGCUCUCACUCAGGCCUCCCAGAACAUUAUCAAGGCCGAGCCUCAGCUUACUGCAUGGGAUACCGAAAUGGGAGACGGAGACUGUGGACACACCAUUGAACAUGGCUGCCGAGCUCUUCUCGAGUACCUCAACAAGAACAAGAGCGACCCAAAGGCUCUCGAGAUCAUCCCCAUUGUGCGGGCUGUCGUUCACAUCACCGAGGAGGAUAUGGGAGGCACCCUGGGAGCUAUCUUCGGCAUUUUUUUUGCCUCUUUCCUUAACGCUCUUCUGCUGGACCCUCUGUCCCAUAAGACUGAUGUCAAUGUGACUGAUAAGCUCGUCAACGCUGCUAACACCGGUCUGGAAAGUCUCAUGAACCACACUCCUGCUCGACCUGGUGACCGAACUGUCAUGGACGUGUUGAUCCCCUACGUGCAGUCUCUGGUGUCCACCAAGGAUAUCAAGGAGGCCGCUCUCAAGGCCAAGCAGGCUGCCGAGGGCACCAAGAAGAUCAAGCCUCGUCUUGGACGAGCAGUCUAUGUUGGGGAGAAGGACGGUGAGCUUCCUCCCGACCCUGGAGCUUGGGCUGUCUACGAGCUGGUUGAUGGUUUUGCCAACCACAAGUAG